GGGGGCGAGGGCGAGGGCGAGGGGAAGCACCUGCUGCCGGGGGCAGGGGGAUGGUGGCAGGUAGCAGCCUUGCCGCGGGGCCCAUUUCCCAGCCCCCCUGCCCUAUGGUGCGGGGCCAGGCUGCUCCCUGCCUGCGUCCCUAGCUGGGGGGUCCGAGCAGGGUCUGGAUCGGUUCCAACCCCCCCAUUUCCCCAGGCCCUAUUCCUGGGCGGGGGUGGCAAGAAACUUUUGAAGUGUCUUUGAAAAUCCCAGCGACUCCUGGCUUCCUCCUGCCUAGCCGGGCUCCCCACCCCCGGGUGAACGCAGACAUCGGGGAGGGGGGAGAGGGCUGGACCCAACUCAGCUCCCCCCUCCCUGCUUGGCCCCUGGGGAGGGGAAAGGCUAAAGCCGGCUUCUGGAUCCCUGCGGGCCCUUCCCCCUGCUGAGCCGCUUAGUCAGGCUGGCUCUCAUUCCUUGGCUGCUUGAGAUUCCCCAAGAUUCCUGCCCCGGGGUGCUCCCCUCGGGGAUGGGGCGUCACAGGGCGUGAAGAUCCCGCUGGAGUCCAGGUGGGCCAGAGGCAGCAGAACAGACUGGGGUUUGGGUCUGGAAAUUUCUCCUGGUGGGUUAGUUGUUCCCUGGCCUGGUGCCAAUCCACCCCACCCAUGUCCUAGUGGCUGUUUGAUUUGGGUUUGGGCGGGACGGGGUGGGGUAGGGACCUAGAGGAGAGUUGAUGGUGCUGGAAGGACCCACCUGAGGUGCAGCUUAGGCCGGGUGGGCCACGACGCCACCGGGAAGAUGAACCUCGCCCUGGGCCCGUAUGGCGAGGGCGCGGAGACGCUGCUGCACGGGGAGUUUGGGGCUUACCCUUCCAAGGGCUCCCGCUACGCCCUCAGCCUGACCCAGAUGGCGCUGCACAUCCAGCGGCUGGUGCCCAAGCCAGAGACGGACCAGCGCACUGUGGUGCCCCUGGCCGAGGUGGUGGGCUGCCACACGCUGCGCAGUCGGGCGCCGACCGACCGGGCGGCAUACUUUUCUGUCUAUGCCUACCCGCUGAAGAAGAGGAAGGUGGCAGUGGGGUUGGGGCGCGGGCGGCAGAGGGCGGCACGGACCUUCCAGGUGGAUGGGGCCGACGACUACGAGAAGAACCAAGCGGUGGCGGAGAAAUGGGCGGCUGCCAUCAAGUGCCUGGUGCUGGGCAUCCCCGUCUCCAGCGAAACAGAGAUCGCUCCCAGCCUCCUGCCGCGCCCGCGCCGGCUGCUUCUGCUGCUGAACCCGUUCGGGGGCAGGGGCCUGGCCCUCCAGUGGUGCCAGACCCACGUGCUGCCCAUGAUCACGGAGGCGGACAUCAGCUUUAACUUGAUCCAGACAGAGAGGCCUAACCACGCCCGGGAGCUGGUGAAGGGCAUCAACCUGGCAGAAUGGGAUGGGAUCGUCGCCAUCUCGGGGGAUGGGCUCCUAUAUGAGGUUCUCAACGGGCUGAUGGAGCGCCAUGACUGGGAGGAGGCGAUCAAGAUGCCAGUUGGGAUUUUACCGAGUGGUUCGGGGAACGCCUUAGCCGGAGCCAUCAACUGUAACGCAGGCAGGCUGGAGCAGGUACUGGGCCUGGAGCUGCUGCUGAACUGCACCCUGCUGCUGUGCCAUGCAGCCGUGGCCCCACUGGACCUGGUGGCCAUCACCAUGGCCUCGGGCGCCCGCUGCUUCUCCUGCCUCAGCGUGGCCUGGGGCUUCGUCUCGGACGUGGACAUCGAGAGUGAGAAGUACCGGCACAUGGGUGCCGCCCGGUUCACGCUGGGCACCCUGGUGCGCCUGGCCUCCAUGCACACCUACCGCGGGCGCCUCUCCUACCUGCCUGCCACCGAUGCCACCGCCCACCGGCCCAUCUCCCGCAGCAUCACCGUGGCCCCCAACGGCCACCUGCCCCUGCAGCGCCUGCCCCUGCAUCGUGCCCUGUCCGACAUGGGGUUGUGCGAGGAGCGCCACGCCUUCCGGGGGGCUGAGCCAGCCCCCGUGCCCUGCCCCUCGCCUGGCUCCCCGCCCCCCUCCUCCGCCUCCAUCCUGCCCCCGCCCAGCUUCUCCUUCGAGCCCGGGCCAGGGGAGCUGCUGGCCGGCGGGGCAGGCGAGGCCCGGGUGGGCGGCCCCCCAGAUGAGCUGCUGGUGCCGCUGGGGCAGCCGGUGCCCGGCUCCUGGAUGACAGUGGAGGACAACUUUGUGCUGGUGCUGGCCAUUUACCAGAGCCACCUGGGGGCUGACCUCUUCACCGCCCCCUUUGCCCGCUUCGACGACGGGCUCAUCCACCUCUGCUUCAUCAAAGCCGGCAUCUCCCGCGCCGCCCUGAUCCGCCUCUUCCUGGCCAUGGAGAAGGGCAGCCACUUUGAGCAGGAGUGUCCCCACCUCGUCCACGUGCCCGUCCGGGCCUUCCGCCUGGAGCCCCUCACCCGCAAGGGCAUCCUGACCGUGGACGGUGAGCGGGUGGAGUAUGGCCCCAUCCAGGGCCAGGUGCACCAGGGCCUCGCCAGACUCAUCACCGGCGUCAAUCGCCUCAAGAUCGCCAGCGGCUAAUGCCCCUGGCUGGGCGCGGAGAGAGGGGCCCCAGCCUCCUCUCCGGCCGGCUUGUUUCAGGAGGUAGCAGGAGAUGGCUGGCGGGUGCUGCCCUCCCUCCUGGGGUCAGGGGGUGCAGCGGGUGCCAAGCUGUUGCCCCUGCCUGGCUCCUGUCUAAAGCUGCCUAUUUAUUCCUUAGAUCCUGGUAUCAUCCACUGAAUGAAUGUAACGCAGAGGCAUGACCCUCCCCGGGGCAGGGGCGGGGGUGUUUCCCACCAUGUGGGGGUCACAGGAGAGAAAGGAACGGGAAUGGGAGGUGCUGAGCAUGGUCCUUUUUCAUUCCCGUCCUAUCAUGUAGCCAGGGGGCGCUAGGGCGUCAGAACCGGGGCGCGUUCCCACCGCCUGCCACUGGGGGGAGGCGGUACCUGGGGGGGAGAGCCACCAGGGGGGAGUGGGAUGGGCUGGCAGGUGUCUGAGGGUGUGCAGUACCCCAUGUCUCCCCCUAGGGGCUGGAGGUGGGGCUGCAGGCAAGACAUUCCCAGUACACCCAGGGCAGUGGGGGGAAGUGGCUUUGCAGACCAGUUGCUGCAAAACCAGGAUAGAACCCAGGAGUUGUGGCUCCCAGCCCCUCCCCCCCGGCUCUGACCACUAGACCCCACUCCCCUACCCGAGCAGUAGUUAAAACUUUGGGAUGGGAGUGGGGUCUACUGGGUUAGUGUGUGUGUGUGGGGGGGGGGGGGAAGUUAAGACUCCUGGGUUCUUCCCCUGAUGCUGGGAGGGGAGUGAAGUCUAGUGGGUGAGGGCAGUGGUGGGCCAGGCGCACUGGAGCCCGGCAGGGCCCUGCCAAGACACAGCCUGGAGCUUUCUUUGCACUAAAACCUCUGUGUUCUGUGAAUGGGGACAGCCAGGCUGCCUGUGCCGCCGGAGGGGAGCCUAAUAUCUGUCUGUCCUGUGUGUCCUUCUAACAGCUUCCCCCCCCCAUAACUUUGAUGUGAGCAGGAAACUAGAAUGAGCUGAAAGUGAUCAGAUCCCUGGGCCCAUCUACCCUGGUACCCUCCCUGCCCUGUCCCUCCUGGGCCAGAUCAGCCUUGUGGGCCCAUCUACCUGAGUAUCUGACCCUCUGUUUAUCUGCCCCAUGCCCAUGGGCCCAUCUACCCCAGUAACUGACCUUUUUCCCUAUCAGCUCCAUUAACUCAUUUUCCCUGCUGUCCAGCAAUGCAGUGGUGUGUGUGUGUGGGGGGGGCAGCUCUGACUCCCCCCGGGGUGCCUUGUGAAGGGGGGGGGCAGCUGGUGUCAGGCCCUCUGUUAAUCCCGUGUGCGCUGCAGCUGCCAUCGCUGUUCCCACGUUUCGUCCCUGUGUUGAAGUGAUUUAGACCUAUGCAAUAAAGCAAGAGCAUGAGGCCUC